AUGUCUCUUGUUGCUAAUUCACAUUACACUGAAGAGCGUCGAAGAUCUGUUCUUCCAACAAACACCCCCAACAUACACCGACCGAAUUCAAUCACUCUCGAGACAGAUGAUAAUGGACUUGAUGAUUCCACUGGUUCUUCCUUACUUCUCAGGGCUAGUUUUGCUGCGAAUAGCUUUCGGCGCAUGUCAAGAGUGUUUCGAGACGAGGGACCUGCAAAGGGUUUCCUGAGGGUAGCAAUCGGUGAUCCAAACCGGCCUAAGUACAUGCAAUUGUCGCUGGAAAAUGAUGAACUGCAUGCAGAAUGGAAGAGGCUCAGGAGUUUUGUGCAAAAUUUUCAUGAAGAGUAUAAGGCCAGUAAGGAGGCUUUGAUGAUGGAUCCCUAUCGUAGAUACAAACGUCUUUGUGCCAUGGUCAAGAAGCUUGUCCUCCACCUUAGGCUCAGUGAUCCAACACCGAGUUCAGUUAAUAAUGGUGGAGCUGGGGCUGCCAGGGCAAGUUCUCUCAAAGGGCAGGUGCUACAAAGCACCGUAAAGGAGAGGGAAAUGAGACAAAAGCAUUGCAAUAUGUGCGACUCAUAUACAACGGAGGAAUUGGCUAGAGAGACGGAUAAGUUACGGGAGAGGAAUGUUGACUUGCAGAAUCGCAUCGACUUACUCAUCGACAAUAUAAAUGAACUGAGUGACUCCUACGACAAAUGCAAACGCACUGCGCCUCUUCUUCGAUAUCAUCAUCUCAAAAAUGCCAUCAAAUUCUUCCUCGCAAACAACUCUGUUGACAAUUGA